CCUUGUACCUGCCCUGGCCUUUCUCUUCCUGCCGUUGGCACCCUACAGCCUACUCCAUUACCCUUUCCAGGUAGGACCUUCUGUGGGGUGGGGUGGGGUAAUGGGCUUCCCUUCUAGAUAAGCCAUAGGCCUCCCUUCUCCCACUCUAAACUGGAGGGUCCUUCACCUCGGCACCCCCACCCCAGAAUCUUAAAUAAAGAAGCUAUGCCCACCCCCAUUUUACAGAUGAGGUAAACUGAGACCAUAGAGAGGGAAGGCUCACAGUGAUUGAAUCAAUGGCAGAGCCCCACUAAAUGAGUUUGUCCCUCUUCAUUCUCCCUUUUGUCUCAAAUAUAGAAAGCCUGAUGGGUGGGGCCAUGCUAAGGGUAUGGUUAGCUUUCUAACGACCAUGGACUAAAUGGGGUGGAGGACCAAACAUAUGGAUAGGGGUGGGAAACACGAAUUUAAAAUGUCCCUGAUGGAGAGGGGGGAUGGGUUGGGUAAGGAGGUUCAGGAAUCCCAUACUUUGGGGAUCUGGGUGCCUCCUACCCUUGGCCUGCUCUGAGAAUUGCCCUCUGCCCUACCCCGAAGUAAGCUCCCUCCCCUCCCCUGGCCCUCCUCUGCCCCCAGAGGUGAGGCUGGUGGGGGGGCCCAGCCGCUGCCAGGGCCGGCUGGAGAUCCUGUACAGUGGUUCCUGGGGGACCGUGUGCGACGAUGACUGGGACGUGAUAGAUGCCAAUGUAGUCUGCCGCCAGCUGGGCUGCGGGUACGCCCUGCCCGUGCCCUUGCCCCUCGCCUUUGGCCAGGGCCGGGGCCCCAUCCAACUGGACAACGUGGACUGCAAGGGACAGGAGGCGGCCCUGAGUGAGUGUGGCAGCCGUGGCUGGGGUGUCCAUAACUGCUAUCACUACGAGGAUGUGGCUGUCAUGUGUGACGAGCUCUUACCAACGCUGGCCAGGAAAGUGUUAACAAGCAGAGCCCCCACCACCAUCACCCCAAAGAAUGGGAUAGGUGACGGCAGCAUCCGCCUGGUGAGAGGUGCCAACUCCUGUCAAGGCCGAGUGGAGAUCCUGCAUGGUGGUACAUGGGGCACUGUGUGUGACGAUGACUGGGGGCUCCCAGAUGCCACUGUGGUCUGCCGCCAACUGGACUGCGGCAGCGCUGUGGCUUCUAAGACCAAUGCCUACUUUGGCUAUGGCACCGGCCACAUCUUGCUAGACAAUGUGCACUGCGAUGGCCAAGAGCUACGCCUGGCAGCGUGUCCCAGCCUGGGGUGGGGGAUCCACAACUGUGGGCACCAUGAGGACGCUGGCGUCAUCUGCUCAGGACGCAGUGUCCCCACUAUUAUGUCCUCACCAUCCCUGGUCACCCAUGAUGGCAAGGUCAGGCCCACUGAACCAGCCACAGGUAAGGGGGAAGAAGACAGCCUCCCAAACCCUCUGUGCUGGACAGCUCCGGGGCAGUUCCUGGUAACAGAAGCCGCUGUGGAGCCCACUAGGGAAACCACCAUCCUUACCAUGGCCCCAGGAAAGAAAAGUGGCCGUCUCCGCCUGGUCAGUGGGAGUGGCCCCUGCCAGGGCCGUGUGGAGGUUCUCCACGAAAGCCGCUGGGGCACAGUGUGUGAUGACGACUGGGACUUUGCCGAUGCCCAGGUAGCGUGCCGGGAGGCGGGCUGCGGGCGAGCGGUGGGGGCCACUGUCCUGGCCUACUUCGGCUAUGGGAAGGGCCCUGUCUUACUGGACAAUGUGGACUGCGCGGGCGUGGAGACCCGCCUGGCAGACUGCUUCCACCUGGGCUGGGGCCAGCACAAUUGUGGACACCAUGAGGAUGCUGGUGCCAUCUGUAGGGAGCCAGGGGUAGAGGAGUCAGGACAACAGAUCUGGCAGGAUGUUCCCGAGACUACAACAAAGGUGGUAGCCAGCGUACCUCCCAAGGAAGGCCAUCUCCGCCUGGCAAACGGCAGUCACCGGUGUGAGGGUCGGGUGGAGCUAUAUCUCCUGCGUCAGUGGGGCACCAUUUGUGAUGAUGCCUGGGACUUGCGGGCUGUGGGUGUGGUGUGCCGCCAGCUGGGCUGUGGGGAGGCCCUGGCGGCCCCUGGAGAGGCUCAGUAUGGCCUAGGCCAGGGCCUCAUUCUCCUGGACAACGUCAAAUGUCGGGGCAAUGAGGCCUCCCUGCUCCGAUGCUCUCACAUCCUAUGGAAUGCCCACAACUGUGAGCAUGCUGAGGAUGCUGGGGCCCAGUGCCAGCCACGGUGAUCCCUCUCGUCCCUACCCUCUGGCUCCUCCCAGCAGCCCUCCAUAACCUUGGGUGCAAGAACAAGGCUCCCCCAGCUUUGGGGAAGGGCCCUCACUGACACGGGGGUCGCUUCCUGUGGAGUGGAGACAGGGGCCUACACACAUCCAGACAGUGCCAGCCAAGAAAAAUAACCCCAAGUUGGAAUUUUCAUCCCUUCAUCACACACUCAUUUCACAUCCCUGGGCCUCAGUUUCCCCCAUCUGUAUCAUGGGGGAGGAAAUAUCCCCACCUUUGCCUAAAUUAUUUGAGCUACAGUGAACUCAAAGCCAAGAUGCCUGCAAAAAAUGAGAGGGACGUCUUGGAUCAUAGCAAUGCUUCUCCCUCCCUGGGAUCACUGGGGCUGGUGAAAUGACCAGAUUUCCCUCCUUCCCGGGUCUGAAAGACAAAGAUCUUCAGGGAUUCUGAUCAUCACUGGAGGAAGGAACUAGGGGAAGAAUGAGUUCUGCAGAGGUGGGGGUGAGGGCUUCAGUGGGGCUUACAGCUUCAACUUGGACACCCUUAGGUGCAUCAUGGGGAAAGACGCUCCCCCUCCUAAGACCUCCCACCUCGGGACUAUGCUUAUCUCUCUCCAAGAAGGGACAGGCCAGACAUACCCCUAUCCCCAGCUCCUACCCGGGUCUUUCCUCUCCUCCCGACCCCAGCAAGGGCCCUCACAAAUGGUGCUUGGAGCAUGGUGGAUGUGGAUGACAGUGCCUUCAUUUGUGGGACAAGGGUGUCAAAGACAGUGAUCAUGGCCGUAUGGCGCUCUCUGUCCCUGCCUCAAAGAUCCCCUCAUCAGGUGCAGGGGUGGGAAAUCCUCUUGUCCCCACGAGGAAGGGGAAACUCAGGAGUAGGGGGGUGAUUUCUCUAUCCCUUGGCACCCUUUCUUCCUACAGGGCACAACACCCACCUCCCCACUGGGCAAGCCAAUAGUCAGGGGGCCCUGAGCCUCCAUGCCAGGUAGGGAAUCUGUAGCCACCAAGUUAUAGUUGCCAAGUAAAUAAAGGACUUUGUUCUCAUUC